AUGGCAUCUGGUGUUCGAGUUCGAAAGCGGGUGCCUGAUGGGCGCCUGCGGAAGAGACUUCGUCUGUGGCGCCGGAUCCAUGUCUCACACCUUCUUUCGAUCCUGCUACUUCCCCUUUGUGCUGUGUGCUACUUAGUGCACAUGAACGAGAGUUUGUGGCCUUCUAAUUCCCAAACAGCCUUGUUCUGUUCUGUCUACUACGUAUUCUGCAAUUUGGCAUUCUCCAUGGGCUACCAUAAGUACUAUGCGCAUCAAAGUUUCCAAGCAGAUUUUUGGGUCGAGGUAUACUUUGUGAUUUUUGGAGCUAGUGUAGGGCUUGGUUCUGCCCGAAAAUGGGCUAUGUUGCACCGUUUACAUCACAGGUGUACUGACGAGACGGAUGAUCCGUAUUGGAGCCAACGUGGAUUCUUAUGGGCACAUUGGGGUUGGCUAUUAGCACCGCACAAGCAUGGUAAGAGAAUCUUGGAAACUAUUUUGACCCCAACACCCGACGCUGUUCCUGGAGCUGAAGAAAGCAAAGCAAUACCUAAUCGCACUUGCACCUCGGAUGCUGAUGCAUCUGCCACUAAAGAGACUGCUAGUACUGAUAUCUUCUCCUCACCAAUUCUACUAUGGCAAGAGCGCUGGGUAUGGCCACUAUUUGCUCUCACCACGAUAGUGAUUCCAUCUUUUCUUGCUGUCUAUGUUUGCCACGACUCUUGGGUGCACGGUCUUAUAUAUCCAGGCAUUCUCCGCAUGUUUGCUUGUCAGCAAGCUAUGCUUUCAGCAGAAUCAUUGGGCCACAGGCGACAUUUAUUUUCCUCGCAACCUUUCAGUGACUCUAACUCGCUGAUGGACUGUGCUAAUCCUAUAGUUUCCCUAGUCACUUUUGGUCAGGCACAUCACAAUUUCCAUCAUGAGUUCCCUCAUGAUUAUCGUGGAGCACCAUCUAGAUGGUCAUUUGAUCCAACCAAAUGGGGGAUCUGGGCCUUGUCCCAAAUUGGUGCGGUACAUGGCGUAUAUCGGGCCCCGCAACUGGCUGUGCAACAGCUACUUCUCCAACAGGAACAAAAGGAACUAGAUCGUGUCCGUGCGCUGCUACAUUGGGGUACACCGCUUUCACGUCUACCGCGUAUCACUCCUCGGGAGUUUCGCAGCAUUUGUGCCGACGAUUCACGCCUUUACAUCGUAAUUCUGAACAUUAUACACGAUGUGACGCCUUUUAUGGAUCAGCAUCCUGGUGGGCCGGCUCUAUUACAUGCCCUGCGUGGUAAGGAUGCUACAAAAGCGUUCUAUGGAGGCGUGUACGGACAUCUGGCUGCAGCAGUGAAUUUGCUCGCAACAAUGCGUAUUGGCAUUCUUGAUGGUCAUGAUGAUGAUGUAUGGAGGAUCGCCGCACACGAGGAAAGUGGGACAGAGCCACAUCGUGCUGGCCUGAAGACAGCUGAAGCAGCGUGA